AUGGCGGACAAGACUCAAGAUACUCACACGACACCCGUCGGUCCCUCGUACCGCGCUCACCAGCAGAAGCCCAGUGCCACCGUCUCUGUCGAUGUCAAGCUAGACAAUGUCCAUGUUCUAUCGCAGACCCCUCAGCUCAUUGCCCUACUGUCGAAAAUUCGUAGCAAGGAGACCGAGAGAGCAGACUUCAUCUUCUACUCCAACCGAAUCAUUCGAUUGCUAGUUGAGGAGGGUCUCAACCACUUGCCUGUCAUUGAGCACACUGUCACUACACCCAUUGGCCGAAAUUACAAUGGUCUCAUGUUCCAGGGCAAGAUCUGCGGAGUAUCCAUCAUGAGAGCUGGCGAGGCUAUGGAGCAGGGUCUCCGUGACUGCUGCCGCUCUGUUCGUAUUGGAAAGAUCUUGAUCCAGCGUGACGAAGAGACGGCCCAGCCCAAGCUGUUCUACGAUAAGCUGCCCGAGGAUAUUGCUGACCGAUGGGUGCUUCUUUUGGAUCCUAUGUUUGCUACUGGUGGCUCUGCUACCAUGGCAGUUCAGGUUCUCAAGGCCAGGGGCGUUCCUGAGGAGCACAUCCUGUUCCUCAACUUGAUUGCAAGCCCCGAGGGUGUCAAGAACUUCUCCGCCAAGUUCCCCCGCUUGAGGGUCGUGACGGCUUUCAUCGAUGAGGGUCUCGACGAGAAGAAUUAUAUCGUUCCUGGCUUGGGAGACUUUGGAGACAGAUUUUACACCAUCUGA